AUUAGUUUUAAUUCGCUAAUUAUUUUAUUAUUAGCAUAUCUGAAAGUUUGUUAUCAAACACCAGCGGAACCUUUUAUUGACGGAGAGUUACGACCCGGCCGUAAAUAUGGUAACACAGAGCAUUUCCUCCAUGCGUGUUUUCAGUUUCCAGCUGGUGGUGUGAUGACAUUAUCGGUAAUAUUUAGCAGGGUUUUGAAUAACUUUAAUGUUAAAAUAGUUAAUAAUAACUUUAAAGUGUAUUGCGUUUUUUUUUUUUGCACAAAAUGGCGACAGACUUGUCCAAGUAAUCUACAAAGUUCAGUUAUUGUUCUUUAAUUUGGGGACAUUUCUGGCAAGGAGCGUGGUUGAACCUCGUCCCGCUGAGUGGCCAUGGAGGGUUUGGAGGAGAAGCUCAGAGGCCUGUCCCUCGCCAGGCGCUCUCUUCCAGAGGACGCCACCUACCUGCUGGACGUGGCCCUGCAGCCGGCCGGCCUGCUGGCCGUGUCCUGCUCCAACUUCUCCAUCCACCUUCACAACAAGGACUCUCUGAACCUGGUGGGAGAGUACCGGGGCCACAGCGGGCCGCUUUGCGGGGUUGUUUUCUCCCACGCCUCCCCUGACUUCCUCUACUCCGGCUCUGCUGACGGGACGGUCCGGGGGUGGGACGUCCGCCGCCCCGGGACCGAGGCUGCCCAGGUGUUUAGAAGCGACCCGUCACACAGCUACUGCAGCGUGGACCUGAGCUGCAGCGACGCGCUCCUGUGUGCCGGCACCGAGCAGGUCAACGAGGAGGACAGCUUCCUGGUCUUCUGGGACGUCAGAAAGCCCGGCGGCGGGCUACUUGGUGUGUAUUCUGAGUCCCACAGUGAUGACAUCACACACGUGCGCUUCCACCCUCGAGAGAAAGACCGCCUGGCGUCCUGCUCCACGGACGGCCUGGUGAACGUGUUUGACCUGAGCCGGGGGGCGGAGGACGAGGCGCUGCUCGCCACCUGUAACAGCGACUCGUCCGCCGGCGCCGUGCAUUGGUGCGGUGCCGACUACACCCAGCUGCUGUGCCUCAGCCACGACGAGGGCCUGCACCUGUGGGAUCUGGGUCAGCUGGACACCGACGAGCCCCUCACCGUCUUCAGCACUCGGGACGCCCGUGGCCUGGCUCUGCUGGCCGACGGGGGGGGCGUGGAUUACCUGGUGGGGGGUGGGUGGCUGGAGGAGGCCCAGAAGCUGCUGGUGGUCGGAGGGAAGAACAGCGGGGAUCUCCACCUGAUGGAGUGUGAUGGCGGGGGGCUUCGCCUGCUGAGGACCCUGGAGGGCGGCCACGCCUCCACGGUGCGCUGCUUCCUGUGGGACGAGGCGGGGGAGGCUCUGAUCACCGGGGGAGAAGACGCUCAGCUGUUGCUCUGGAAACCAGGAGGGGAGGAGCUCGCAGCAGGGAAAAGGACGUCGAUGAAGUCCGAAUCAGCUUUGAGCCUCAAAUCCAGGCCACAUAAAAAACAUGGCUACCAGAAAGAGAAGAAGGAAGCGAGAGAAAACGCGGUGUGAGUCGGACUAACUGGACUCUGGGGGGGGGGGGAUUUGUGAGAGAAAACAUAUUUAUUCUUGAUGUCGAUGUUACAUUAAAUUCCUCUGAAUAGCCGCUCCGACGAACAAAUCUCAGCGUGCCUUUCCUGUCCGGGGGGGCGACCUGCUGCUGCUCUGGGCAGAGUCGCAGGUCAAAGGUCACCACUGUUCAGUGGUGACCAGACGGAGGUGCCUGUUCGACCAAUACAAACACUGCUGCUCUGUGCUAUUAGUUGUCUCAGAAAUAAUUGCAAUUUAACAAUAUAAUUGAGUCUUUCAGUCAAAUCUAUUCAUUACUUUUUUAAACAUGUUAAAGUUUUUAAUAAAUUCCAGGAUACA